AUGUAUGGCAGUUCGAGAAAUAUGGCUUCUACUGCACUCAAACGGUUAAUGACCGAAUACAGAGAACUAACUUUAAAUGCUCCGGAAGGCAUUACUGCUGGACCAAUGUCCGAAGAUUUGUUCUUUGAGUGGGAAGCAUUAAUAGCAGGACCGGAAGGAACACCGUAUGAAGGUGGGAUCUUUCCUGCCAUACUUAAAUUUCCUACAGACUAUCCUCUUUCUCCACCAACAAUGAAAUUUACAUGUGAUAUGUUUCAUCCUAAUAUUUAUCCGGAUGGAAUGGUUUGCAUAUCAAUUCUUCAUCCUCCGGGUGAUGAUCCAAACAUGUAUGAAAGCAGUUCAGAAAGAUGGUCACCUGUUCAAAGUGUUGAAAAGAUUUUAUUGAGUGUGGUUAGUAUGCUGGCCGAACCUAAUGAUGAAAGUGGUGCUAAUAUUGAAGCUUGUAAAAUUUGGAGAGGGGACCGUGAAGCAUUUAAUAAGAUCGUUAGAGAUACCGUUAGAAAAACUCUCGGAUUGUAA